AAAAAAAUGUUCAAAGUUACGAUAUUUGUACUGAUGAUAUUAAUUUCUUUCGCGUUCGCACAAUAUGAUAGCGAUGUUGAAGACACUAACGACGCAAAUCCGCCUGGUGAAGAAAACGUUCCAAAUGAGAAUGGCGAGGCAGGUGUUCCUGGGGAGACUGGUGACGCAAAUAUUCCAGCUGAAAGUGGUGAGGCAAAUGUGCCAGAUCAGAACGGCGAAGCAGGUGUUCCUGGGGAGACUGGUGACGCAAAUAUUCCAGCUGAGAGUGGUGAGGCAAAUGUUCCAGAUCAGAACGGCGAAGCAGGUGUUCCUGGGGAGACUGGUGACGCAAAUAUUCCAGCUGAGAGUGGUGAGGCAAAUGAUCCAGAUCAGAAUGGCGAGGCAGGUGUUCCUGAGGAGACUGGUGACGCAAAUAUUCCAGCUGGGGAUGAUGAGGCAAAUGUUCCAGAUCAGAACGGUGAGGCAGGUGUUCCUGAGGAGAAUGGUCAAACUGAUAUUUGGGGUGACGAGGAGGUCACUGACGUUGCUGACAAGGAUGAGAUCACCGAAGAACCUACCAUUACUUUAGCUAAUACUACUACUACUACAAUUAACACUACUACUGAAUUUGUAGACAAAAUCAAUUAUUUAGAUAUAGAUCCCGAGAUUGAAGAUCCAGUAGACAUACUGAAGCUGAUGCAGGGGAGAAAGCAACUGAUAUGUUACUUUUGUUUCCAUGCAGACGGCGACUGUCGUAGGACGAGGAUGUUUCUUAAACGUUGCGACACCGAUUAUCAACGACGGCCAUUUAGGAACAAACUCAAGUUUCGAAUGUCUGUCUUCAGAAUUAACUUGGAUUUCGCCCGGAUGUUUGGAAGCCCACAAGUCAACGAGACUCAAUAUUGCAUCGAUAUUAAAUACACGUUCGAUGACAAGGAUUUAAUUACCAGAAGGUUGAAGAUACUGCAGUUUAGAGAUUGUGCGGGAGAAAGUGCGGUCAACAAAUUCAACAAAAUAUUCGCCAAGAAAUCAAAUCCAUCUUUGAUGAACGUGUCGUUUUCUUAUUGUAGGCAGAAUUUAUGUAAUUGUUCAGUGAAGGGUUACGUCAAUUUGUACAUAUUGAUUUUAUAUUUGACGAGUUGGAUUGUAAUAUCAUAAAAUUGGGGC